AUGGCUCAGAGCUCGAGUCCCUCAAUCUCUCGCGAGAGAAGCCCAAUAGCGGUGCUCAUCAACCCCGAAAAGGACAUACCUCUAGGAGAGCGGGACAUCCGAGUGGAAGACUAUCUCAAUGACAAGUUACAAAGCCCUGGCGACCUGAGAGAGAUCGCUAAGAUAGUCGAGAAUGUAUCGUUACAGAGGCAGCAGCUAGACGAUCAGCUUACCAAAGCAAGAGCGGAAAUCGAAUUGGCCAAGGAGGCAUGCAAGACUCGCGAAGUUCUCAUGCUGGAAAAGACGAAAGAGUUCGAAAGGCAACAUGCCAAUGUAAUGGCUCGUUUGAAGAUUGUGACGUCUUCUGAUACGCCAGAGGCGGCAGCAAGGCUCUUAGCAGAACCAGUCGAGGGCCUGCGGAAGAUGGAAUUGACACACCUCUACUUGCAAAUGAUCAGGGACGUCAAAACAUGGCAAGCAGAGGCAAAGUCAUGUCUGCCAGGAAAUCCUAAGAAGGCCCUCAGGCCGUACAUGCUGUUGCAAGGAAUGGCCACGAGGCUUUCCGAGCUUCAACUUUCAGCCGAAGGUGCCGCUGUCCAUCUGGUUCAGUACGUCCAACAGACAGUGGAGGUUCUCUGGGCUCAAAUGAAAGCAAUCAUGGUGGGAGAGUUCGAAGCAGUGCUUAAGAAUUCCCGGUGGCCAGAUCCAACGAGCGAACCUACAGCGGAAUGGAGUGACUGCAUAGCGAAGCUCCUCGAGUUCCAGAUGCCAGAAAUUGUCCUUGCGAGGCAACCUCUCAUACUUUUGCCAAUGGGUUCGCUCGCAGACCCUUUCGUGCAACAGUUCAGAUACCAUUUUUACGGCGAUAAACCAACAAACCACCCUAGUCAGCUUGGAAAUUUUUAUUUCGCAUGGUUUGUAGGAACAAUAUCGAAGUGGCAGAACUUUCUCCGAGAGAACAUAGGCCCUUUACUCGCUACCCAUUUUAGGGGCAACAUCUAUUCGGGCAAUUCAUUGUACGUCGAUCCGGUAGCGGCCUUUGUGACUGCUCUGUUACCAGUAAUGAGGGAGAAAGUCAAUCGCCAAAUCGAGCAAAUUGCCGAUAAUCCUCCAUUGUUCAGUAAAUUUAUGGUCCAACUGAUGGACUUCGAUGAGACGAUCAGAAGCAAAUUCAACUACGACGGAGGAAAUCCAGACCUGGGCUGGAAGGGAUUGACCUGGGAUGUUCUGGAUAUCUGGUUUGACUCGUGGUACAACGUCGAAAAGAAGUUUGCUAUAGAUAGAUACUGGGACAUCAUGCAUACCCAGAACAGUUCGAUGAUUGACUACGACAGCUCUGGUCCCGGGAAGACCAAGCCGACCUUUGGAGCAGCAAAAAUCUCAGACCUUAUCCAAAAUGUCACCGUCCAGUACCGCCAAGUGAGGAAGUUUUCACACAAGAUGAAAUUCCUUAUCGGUAUCCAACUAGAAAUCCUUGAUCUUUACUGGGGUGCCCUCAAAGAUUCUCUGAACCUGUACACCACUAUGACCUCCACAGUUGGCCGUGCUAUACACGGAUCCACCAAGGAACAGCAAGCCGCCCUCCAAGGAGUUGGCAAGCUUGAGACGCUAUGUAAGGUCUUUGGCAGCGCGGAGCACCUGAUCUCCACUAUGAAAGAUUGGAGCAACGAGGAGUUCUUCAUCUGUCUGUGGGAAGGCUUGCAGGAGAGAGCAAGGGAUACCGACAGCACCGUGGCACUCGCCGGGGAGAUGUCAUACACUGUGGUCAGAGAGAGUACAUCUGAUGCUAUGGGCUCCGAGACCGAAGGCGCGGUGUUCGACAAAACUAUUGAGAACUACGAACAGCUUCGAAGAAUGGCCGAGUCCAACAUUAUCCAAGCGCUCAAAUACGGAUUCCCAUCAUCUUUUAAGCUGUACAUCAACAGACCUCAGUGGUCGUCAGUUGAUGAUAUUUCAGGAACAUGGCCUUCUGCCAGAACAGCAGAGCUUGAUGCACCACUGCAGGAAUUGAAAGCAAGCCUGACUUUCCUACGCAAAUCCCUGGCUGAUGCUCCGUUCCGCCGUAUCUGGCGCGAAGCUCUUAGCAGUCUCGCAGACCUAAUCUACGACCAAAUAGUUGUUAAACAAGAAUUCACCACGGUCGGCGCUGCCCAACUCCGCUGUGAUUUUGAAGCUAUUCAAGCCACAGUCGAUCGAUACAUCACUUACAGCAAAAACUCAUCCCUUAGUAUGCCGAAGCUGAGAGAGGCUAUUCAAUUGUUAAACAUUCCGGUCGAAGGUGGCGAGGGUGAUGUAGGACUGAAGGAGAUUAGCGAGGAGAUAUUCGCGGGUGCUGAACGCACUUCAGCCAUGCUUGAGAGGUUGGGAAUGGAGUAUCUUAGUAAUGGGGAGGCGAGGGCGGUUCUAGCGAGGAGGCUUGAGGCGAGUACGGACUAG